AUGAAUCUUUGGCAGAAGUGGAUAAGUCUUCCGGUGAAGAUGAGAUACUAUAUUGGCGGCUCUACGGCGGUAUUUGCUCUCAUUGGUGACUACGCUACAGCUCAAAUCAAUGAAGAAAUAACCAACAGGAAGAAAAUCUUGAACGAGAUCGAAGAGGGUCGUUCUUGA